AUGGAUAAUUCCGUCACGUUCGAUGAACAAGAAGCUCAGGAACUCGCUGAACAGUUUAAAAAACAAGGUUAUUUAGAUAAACUGAAAAGAGAUAUAUUGUCAAACCAGUUAGAAAAGGAUGUUGGAUCCACGGAUCCCAUAACAUUUGAAGAUUCAGUAAAGGAACAUGUAAAGUUAAUGGUCAAUAAAAUGGUUAUGGAGGACGAAAAUUUAAUAUUUAAGAAUAGAGGUACCACAACGGCCUUAAUAGAAACUAAGAUGCUUAAGGAUUAUUAUAAAAUGUUGGAUGGCGGUCCCGAUAGAAUUGAUAUAACAAACUACAUCAAAGAAAAGUUAAAGGAUCAAAAUAUGCAUAAUAAUAUACGACAGAGUAUAGAACAUUUAUAUAAUGAAAAGGAAGGUUCCAAGAGUUGA